GUCAUUACUUGACUACAGAUCUGUCCGUAAAACCGCCAAGCUAGCAGCACUGCUGGCAAUCGACGCAUCUCAGCUGGCCGACGACGCAAUUCGCCAAUUGACCAAACAACAAAACUAGAGCAAUGUUCUCCAUCUUCGGGAAGCGCAAGCCCGCAGAGACACCCACGGAGGAUCAGCCCAUCCAGGGGCCGGCGGAGGGAUCCCGUCCAGGCACCAGUGGCGAUGACUUCGUGUUCAUAGAGCGGAGGCCCGGACCGGAUGCGCCUCCUCCGACCGCAGCCUCCAUUUCCGGCGCCAUGUAUCCGCCCAUGCCACCGGCGGGCUAUCUGCCCUAUCCACCAAUGCCAGGAGCCAGGGGCGGUGGUGGGCCGGGAGCUGGAGCUGCGAUGAAGCUACCUGGGACACAAGGACCCGUCAACUACUUGCAGGACAUUCCCUUCGAGCUGGCACCCGGCCUGGCCACCAAGGAUCGCUAUGCCAGCACCCAGAUGCAGGUGGACAGCAUCCUGGCGCUCCUCACGCGCCAAAUGUCCGUGGACGAGCUGGCCGAGGAGUACACGUUCGCCCUGGAGAGAUCCGUGCAGAACGAGUGCUACUAGCAUUAGUCCGUAAUUUCACUGGUUAUUGUAAUAAAACGUUGCUUAUUUAAUUGUAAAAUAUUUGUAAAACAUUCUGGAAUGUCUUAACCCAUCCAUGUUAAUGUAAAUCGUAAGAUCCCAUAAAUAUUAUAUAGUUAAAUAUGUGUUUAGGGAAUUCCCCGUUUUACAAACAUACAUUGUUGAAAUAUUCAAGGCUUAUUGUAGAAAAAAAGUUUGCGAUUUUCCUAAAUUAAUGCAGUUUUAUCUCUGUAGUUAAUGUAUUUGUAUUAAAUUUAACUUGAUCCCAAUUCUACAUUUUUGUACAAGUUUCUGGAACUCCCUAUUUUAAAUAUUUACCUAGAUAAUUUUAAUUUUUAUUUUUAUUUCAUCC